CUGACGAGGCGCGGGUCACUCCACCCGAGUCGUCAGAGGUGGUCCGUUUUCCGCGUCCGGAGGAGCCCCUUCCCCCGAGUGCCGUCCGUUCGGAGCAGAGUAAGCGCCCGCCCGUCCUCCGCACCACAGCGAUGUCGGUCCUCAUUCUCACGGUUCUGUCCUCCAUCGUCGUGCGGGACGUCGAAGCUUGGGGCGCGAACGUCAAGUACGCCGUCAACUGCCCGGAGCGAUGCAACGCGGAGCUGUGCGGCGCCACGCAGCGGUGCAGGCGGACCGUGCUGGACGACUGCGGCUGCUGCCAGGUCUGCACCGCCGGCAGAGGGGAGCACUGCUACCGGACGGUGUCGGGGAUGCACGGCGUCAAGUGUGGCCCCGGAUUAUUCUGCGAGUUUUACAAGGACGAGGACGACUACGGCGACGAAUACGGCAUUUGCAAAGAUUGUAUGUAUGGGACCUACGGCGUGGAGUGCCGCAAGACAUGCAACUGCAAAGAAGGCAUCUGUGACAGAGAGACGGGGGCCUGUCUCACCUUCAAAUUUUUUGCCAAAAUUGCAAGCAAACUCAAUACUCAACCACAAGCAGGGGGGGAGAUGGGCUCCGGAGAGGUCAACAGUAGCCACAACACAGACCAGCACACGGACCGAGACACGGCCCCGAAGUGGCUCAACCCUCGCUGACCGCCGCUUACAAAGAUCAACUAUAUCCAGUGUAAAUGUAGCAUAGUAUUAACUUAUAAAUGAUUAAAGGAUAUAUUUUAUUAAGUUAAAAGACCAAAAAAAACAACUUUUCUACAGCUUUUCAAAAAAAAACUGUAUUUGAUUUCUUUUGGUCUUUUGUUUUAUACCCGUCCUUUUGUUCUGAGGAAAUAAGCAAAGUGUAAAAAUGCAAUUGCUCUUCAAAUUCACCUUUUAUAGACUGAAAUAACUGAAUUCGCUGAAUGUUCUGCAACUAAACGUCAGGUUAAAAAAAAAAUAUAGCAAUGUGGACCCAAUGCAUCUCAUGUAGUGUGCCUUUAUACUUUAUUGUUGAUAAAAUAACUGUUAAAUUAAGGUAGACCAUAAAUUUUUAUAUUGUUUGCAAGGAUACAGAGAUAUUUUUCAUGCAUAAAACAACUGUAUCACAAUAAAACACUUGAAGUUUUCUAGGAUGACCUUUUAUUUAUAUGUCAUGCUGAUGUGGAAAAGGGUCCUGUACAUUACACCAGUCAAUGUGAAGAAUGCUCUUGUAAAUAAACCAAAGUUAU